CAGGCUCAGGCUCUCUCGUAGUCAGCCAACUAGCAGCAGAGUAAAAUCCAACUCUCUGCGUCCUGUAAAGACAUGCUAGGAACUUCUGAACAUUUUUUUUAGAACAGAUCUGAAUUGAAAAGACUGCAGAAACUGCAGACUAAUUUUUUAAACAGAAGUCUCUAAGCACUUUCUUUUAAAAUGGAUGAACUGAAAAAAGAAAUUGAAACCUCCAACUUUGUAUAAUCCUCUACUGUUUUCAACUGACAUCCUGUCUGUGCUUAUACCGUAUGUGGAACUGUGUUUCAGGGAUUUGAAGAUUACCCUGGAAAUAUUAGGAAUCCUGCAAGGAGCAGCUGGGUUUUGCUGUUGCUAAACUUCAUUAGUGCCCACAUUGCUCAUGAGACCAUGAGAGUAAGAAGAAGCAGGAACACAGUGAACAGUACAUGACCUUGAAAGAAUCCAUAUGUACUGUAUGGUCUUUAUGCACAUAUUGUUCUUGUAAUGACACUUUGGUUAAUAUCCUGAGCUAACUGGCCAAUGAGAUGAACAGAGUUUUAUGGUAACAUUUGGCCAUCAGUAAAACUGAUCACAAAAAGAUAUGAACAAAGUGGAGAGAGGAUUACCACAGUGAACGCUACACUAAAUCUUCACUGCAAGAACCAACAGAGUGCUACAGUAAAAUAAAUUAUCUUCAAGAGCUGGUGGAGAACACCUUUGCAGGCGGCAUGUCGUUCACAGACUAACAAAAAAUAUGAACUUGAGUUUAUGAGCUGGAGGUGUUUUGAUUGCUCCACUUUAUGGUAUACUUGUUCAGGAGAAACCACCAAAUUCCAAAAUGGAUGUCAGGAAAGAGAUGCACCUUCUUAGCAACAGUUUUGCAGCCUAUGCUUACAUAAAAGAUAAUCCAGAAAGCUUUGGACUUUAUUUUGUUAUCGGUGUGUGCUUUGGCUUAAUCUUAACACUUUGCCUGUUGGUCAUUCGCAUCUCCUGUAAACCACGAACAGAGAUUAUAGCCGGAAAGAAGAUCCUAAAGGAUUGCAGUGAAGAAGAGGAUGAUGAUGAUGAUGAUGAAAGUGAAGAAGAAGAAACAGAGGCCCCCAACCCUACCACAGAGAUUGCAGUAGGCAACCACAGUCAAUCUGAUGGAACUUUGAAUGUCAAUGUGUUCACGUCAGCAGAGGAACUGGAACGGGCUCAACGCUUGGAGGAGAGGGAACGAAUCAUUCGAGAAAUUUGGAGGAACGGUCAGCCUGACAUUCUAGGCACUGGCACUGGUACAAUCGGUAGGGUGCAUUACUAUUAACACCUUAAUUGAUGGACCAAUACAUGAUAUGUUUCAAAGAAAAAAACAUGAUUAUUUUUGGACACUGAUGCUGAGUGAGGAGACAAUCAGUUUUUUGUCAAAUAUAUGAAGAAUUCUUAUCAGAACUGAGCUGACAGUGGAUAUACACUACUUAAGAAUGAUUAUUGUUUUUCUUAUUUCAUUGGACUUUGCCUUUUACUCUGUUCUUCUUCUGGAAAGCAAGUGUUAAGUCGAGUACUUACACUUGUACAUAUCUGAACAUAUGUUUAUGAAAAAUAUAUAAAUGGACUUGAUGUUAUAUCAAUUCAUAUAUGUUUUCAUUUGGAGUAUAAAACUGAGGGAAAAUGAACUCCUGGAUGCCAUGUUAUGAAAAGCAAUUGACGUGACAAGACAACAUAAUUGCUUUUGCAGUAUUAAACUGUAAUGUGACUUAAAAAAGAGGUAUAUGAACUUCAGAAAUCCUGAUAACAAAGCAGAUAUACCUAUAAGGUUUUGUUACAAAAAACAAAUUCAUUGUGUGCAAUAAAUAUACUGUUUUAAAAAUGA